UCCAUGCCUUAUCAACAGGAUUAAUUUAAUAAAUGAAUGGACAUUUUGCUCCUGCGUUUAACAAAGGUGUAAAAUGAAUGACGGACUUGAGACAAACAUCACUUUUGUAUAUGACAACAAGACUUUAACAGACACCUUCAAGGAACGCCUCAUACUCAAGAGCAACAUAACCUAUGUGGGAUUUUACCUUCACCAGCCAUCCAUAGCAGCCAUAUUUAUAGUGUCCUACCUUCUAAUCUUCCUGGUGUGCAUGGUUGGAAAUGGAGUUGUGUGUUUUCUUGUGCUGCGGAGCAAAAACAUGCGGACUGUCACCAACCUGUUCAUUCUCAACCUGGCGGUCAGUGACCUUCUUGUUGGGAUCUUCUGUAUGCCUACCACACUUCUUGAUAACAUCAUUACAGGAUGGCCAUUUGGAAGUUUGGUGUGCAAGAUGAGUGGCAUGGUUCAAGGAAUCUCAGUUUCCGCAUCGGUUUUCACUCUGGUUGCCAUUGCUGUUGACAGAUUCCGAUGCAUCGUUUACCCUUUCAAGCAAAAACUGGCUCUGUCAACAGCCACAGUGAUCAUAGUGAUCAUCUGGGUGCUGGCUGUGUCCAUCAUGUCUCCCUCUGGGGUCAUGCUACAAGUGACAAAGGAGCAAACCGUCCGUAUCCUACUGGGAGACGGCAACCAAACACGCCCUUUUUACUGGUGCAGAGAAAACUGGCCAAGCCAAGAAAUGCGCAAGAUUUACACCACAGUUCUGUGUGCCAACAUCUACCUUGCGCCUUUAUCCCUCAUUGUGAUUAUGUACGCCCGUAUCGGCAUUACUCUGUUCAAAACUGCGGUUCCCACGGUUGGCAAGCCUGGCCACGAUAACCGCAAUAUGGUGUCAAAGAAAAAACUGAGGGUCAUUAAGAUGCUUUUGAUCGUAGCAUUACUGUUCAUCGUGUCUUGGCUCCCGUUGUGGACACUGAUGAUGCUGAGUGACUAUGCCAGACUCACCGAGCACCAGCACCGAGUCAUAAACAUUUACAUUUACCCCUUUGCACACUGGCUGGCUUUCUUCAACAGUAGCGUGAACCCGAUUAUUUACGGUUUCUUCAAUGAGAAUUUCCGCCGGGGGUUCCAGGCGGUCUUCAAGUUCAGCUUGGGCACGGCCGAGGGGCACCACCGACAGACCUACUCACACGGAGUGCUAGAAAACUCUGUGCUGCCCGCCAGCCCCCGGGCCAGCACAAAGCCUUUGUCCAUCAACACUAUGGACGACAACAGACGGGUCAUUGAGCAAGAUGUAGUCAUGGAUGAUCUGAAAAGGGUCUCUCAAAGCAGUGAUAGUGUGACUGUGUUCUCUAUUUGAGGAGAGGAUUGCAAACAUCCUCUGGAGGGGGGAAAGUUGUGUAAAAC